CCUUUAUCUCUGUGUAUAUGACACCAAUGUUCUUAUCUGUAUUUUAAACGACUGAACUUUGUCUUUUAAAGAUUUUCUUUUGCAUUUAAAAUGUUCAUGUUCAUAAUAUUGAUAUUAUUUUUUCAAACUGUUGCCACAGCCUGUCCAAAUGGAUGGGUGGGUCACAAUGGAUCCUGUUUCCUCUUCAGUCAUGACCGGGAAGACUGGACAGGGGCAUAUGAAAUGUGCCGGAUCAUGAAAGCGCAGCUUGUCGAGAUUCAUAGUUCCAUUGAAAACGACUUCCUGCAUGAGCAGACGAAAUCUUCAGGCAAAAAUCAUUGGAUUUCUCUAAGUGAUGUAAGUGAAGAAGGUAGUUGGACCUGGAUGACAAGUUUAACCACUGUCGGUGACUAUAUGAACUGGUAUCCUAACGAACCAAGCACGACUAAUUCUCUCAAUGAGCCCGAAAACUGCGCUGUUCUAUAUACAUCAGGACAAUGGAAUGAUGCUGUGUGCUCGGAACAGAACUACUAUAUAUGCGAAAUCAUAAAAGACGAGGGUCAAAUCAUUGGGUAAAGGAACCUCACAACAGGAACAUAAACAAUAAUUCAUAUUAUUACCUGUAAAUUCGAACGAAAAUAAAUAUAAGUAUAUUUA